GUCUGUGAACAAUUCCUAGGUUGAUGAAGCUGUUUUGCAAACGCCAUUACAGCUAUUCCAGAUUCCCUCUUAAUCUGAAUGAGAACCAUCAAACACAAUCGUGUGUCUCAAAAAUCCUGAAUCUCUGCAAAUCAGGAUAUCUUUUAGAAGCCAUCAAUCUCAUUAAUUUAACAGAUCCUAAAGAAAUCUAUACCAAGCCAGUUAUUUAUGCUUCUCUCUUACAAACAUGUGUCAAAGCAAAUUCAUUCAACCAUGGACUUCAAAUUCAAUCCCACGUUAUUAAAUCCGGCCUCGAAGCUGAUCGUUUUGUCGGAAACGGUUUACUCUCUCUUUAUUUCAAACUUUGCUCUGAUUUUUCUGAAAGUGAAAAGGUGUUUAACAACUUAAUUGAAAAAGAUGUAAUCUCCUGGACGUCAAUGGUAUCGGGUUAUGUCCGUGCUGGAAAAUCCAAGCAAUCACUGGAAAUUUAUAGAAAAAUGUUGGAGGUUGGGAUUGAAUCAAAUGCGUUCACACUCUCUGCAGUGAUUAAAGCUUGUUCGGGCCUUGGUGAUCUAAGACUCGGAGUGUGCUUUCAUGCUGUUGUUUUUAUGAGAGGUUUCGAUAAGAAUCAUGUAAUUUCUAGUGCCCUUAUUGAUAUGUAUGGGAAAAAUGCUGUUUCAGAUGAUGCUCGGAGACUUUUCGACGAAAUGCCCGAACCAGAUUUUGUUUGUUGGACUACUGUGAUUUCGGCAUUGACGAGGAAUGAUCUGUAUGAAGAGGCUUUAGAAUUUUACUAUUUAAUGCAAAGUAAAUAUAAUUCAUUUGCGGAUGAAUUUACGUUUGGAACUGUUUUGACAGCUUGCGGCAAUCUAGGCAGAGUAAAACAAGGUUUAGCAGUUGUGAGACAAGGGAAAGAAGUCCAUUGUCAAUACUUGAAGAAAAGGGGAUGGAGGGAUGUUGUUGUGGAAUCUGCUCUUGUUGAUCUUUACGCUAAAUGUGGGCUAAUCGAUUAUGCUCAGAGAGUAUUUAAAGAGGUUCCUGUUAGAAAUUCGAUAACUUGGAAUGCGAUGAUUUGUGGGUAUGCUCAAAACGGUGAAGUUGAAGAAGCACUUAGGAUGUUUGAUGAGAUGAUUAAGGAUGGGAUCAAGCCUGACUAUAUUAGUUUCAUUGGGUUACUUUUUGGUUGUAGCCAUACAGGUUUGAUUGAUCAGGGACGAAAAUAUUUCAAAUUGAUGAAUGAAGAAUACAAGAUCGAUCCUGGUGUUGAGCAUUACAAUUGUAUGGUUGAUCUUCUUGGUCGAGCUGGAUUACUUGAAGAAGCUGAAGAUUUAAUUGUAAAGUCAGUUUUCGGAAGUGAUAUGCCUGUUUGGGAAACUCUUCUUGGUGCUUGCACAGCCCAAUCAGAUUUGGUUCUGGCCACACGUGUGGCGAAGAAAAUGAUUGAACUUAAACCAGAUUACCAUUUGAGCUACAUCCUAUUAGGAAACGUGUACAGAGCGGCUGGCAAGUGGGAUGAUGCUACAAAACUUAGGAGCUUGAUGAAGGAACGAGGAGUAAAGAAAAUGCCUGGUAAGAGUUGGAUUGAGAUCAAUAGGAGUCAGGUUCCUAAUCCGAUAUAUUUAGGUAAUGCUGGUUUACAACAAAAGGAAUUUUUGUAGAACACCGGAAUGUAAGCUUUGACAUGACACGAGAUUUAUUGGGUUCUGCUACAAACACAAUGAAUUUGGCAUAACAAUAAUCUCAGUUAAGCAAUAUGUUAUCAUGUUUGUGGCCAAGUUGUUAUCUUUUCCAGUCAUGGUACGAUCCACGGGAGAAACUGUUAGUGGUGAAUUUUUGCAGAUUCACCAGUGCACAUAUAUUUUAAGACUGUCACUGGAGCUGGAUUCAAUAAUUACUGAAAGACAGGAGGUUACUUUCAAUUCAUUUGGCUGUCAGAGGCAAAUUGAAAGCUCGGUAGCAAUAAGACUACUUCUCAGGUAAGAUGAGGAUUUCUCCUAUGGUACAUGUCCAUGUAAUAUUUGGAGAUAGAGUUGGUUUGAAUGUUACGCGAAGAACAUGGACCAGAAAACCUAGAAAGGUAAAGAGACCUCACAGUCACAACAUAACAUUGCAUUAGAAAAUUGAGAGGGUUAAAGAAAUUGAUAUAUUGACUCUCUGUAUGAACAAUUACACGGGGCAGAGUUCUCAUUUAUCCUUGAUAGUUUUAUGUUAAGGGUCCAAUGAGUGAUCCAAGAAGGGUCGGCCAAAAGAUUGAUUGAAGCUGACUUGAAAAAUGAGAUGCUUAUCGGUUAUCCCUAUAUCCACUGGAAACAAAAGUUUGGGGUCGAAAGGGAAAAGCUGAUGCAAAACUCAGAACAAUGCAUCUUUGGGGCUUUUCUGGAACUGUAUAUGUGAGUUUUCAGAUUUUGUUUGCAGUCUGGACUGAGGAAAUUUUAAGAAAUUAUAUUUUGAAUGUUAAUUUAGUCUCUGAAGUCCAAUUUAUAUCUAUGCUAAAGAGAACUUUGAACUUAAUUCUCUUUUUCUUUCUGGUUACGCAUUUGCCCAUUCGGAUUUCAAAUUUUUAUUUGUGCGUCUAGUUCCCUCAAGAUCACCGAUACCGAG